AUGAAUACGUCCUCUCAAUUCUAUGUUUCUGAACUAAACCUGAGUGCCUUCAGUAGCAACUUUACUCUGCCUACUGCAAAGAGCAAGUCAUUGCCAUGUGAACAAGUGGUCAUCGCAGCUGAGGUGUUCCUAACUCUGGGCAUUGUAAGCCUGCUUGAAAACAUCUUAGUUAUAUGUGCAAUAGUAAAGAACAAGAACUUACACUCACCCAUGUAUUUUUUUGUUUGCAGUUUAGCAGUGGCUGACAUGCUGGUUAGUGUGUCUAAUGCUUGGGAGACCAUAACUAUAUACUUAAUAAACAAUAAACACAUCAUUAUGGAAGAUGCCUUUGUCCGUCAUAUAGACAAUGUCUUUGAUUCCAUGAUCUGCAUAUCUGUGGUGGCUUCCAUGUGCAGUUUGUUGGCUAUUGCAGUAGACAGAUAUAUCACUAUCUUCUAUGCCCUGCGUUAUCACAACAUCAUGACUGUGAAAAGAUCAGGGCUUAUCAUUGCAUGCAUCUGGACCUUUUGCACGGGCUGUGGCAUUAUCUUCAUUCUUUAUUAUGAAUCAACUUACGUGGUCAUUUGUCUCAUCACUAUGUUUUUUACCAUGUUGUUCCUCAUGGUCUCACUGUACAUCCAUAUGUUCCUCCUGGCUCGUACUCACGUGAAGAAAAUCGCUGCUUUGCCUGGGUACAACUCAGUCCGUCAAAGAACCAGCAUGAAAGGAGCCAUCACUCUGACUAUGCUUCUUGGCAUCUUCAUUGUUUGCUGGGCUCCAUUCUUCCUUCAUCUCAUCCUGAUGAUCUCCUGCCCUCAAAACCUCUACUGUGUUUGCUUCAUGUCUCACUUCAACAUGUACCUCAUUCUCAUUAUGUGCAACUCCAUGAUCGACCCCUUGAUCUACGCCUUUCGUAGCCAGGAAAUGAGGAAGACCUUCAAAGAGAUAAUUUGUUGCUAUAGCCUGAGAAUGCUCUGUGGGUUAUCAAACAAGUAUUAA